CCAGUCCACCACCUCACCCACAAGCUUCCAAGCUCUCCACCACCAAUUGACUCAUUCAUUGUACUCACCACAAAGCCAACAAGAAAAGGUAAAAGGAGAAGAAGAAAAGGAAAUGUCAACCCACCCCCAAAGGCGCUCCAAGCGCAACGACUACCGCGAAAAAGCGGCCGCCGCAGCCGCCGCGUCGCAACAAUCCGCCGACUCCAGUGCAGGCGACAUCAAGCUGCCCAGGAAGAAGUUUUACCGACAGCGGGCGCACGCGAAUCCUUUCUCAGAUCAUCAGCUGGAUUACCCCCUCAGCCCCGCGCACAUGGACUGGGCAUCCCGGUACCCGGCGUAUGCGGACCCCAACCCGGAGAAUGUCAACCUGGGUGGAUUCAGGCAGAUGCUUAAGGAUGUGGAGGUUGUUGAUAUUGGGUGUGGGUUUGGGGGGUUGCUGGUUGCGUUGGCGCCGUUGUUGCCGGAGACGCUUAUGGUUGGAAUGGAAAUCCGCGUCCAAGUCCUCGACUACGUGAACACACGCAUCAACGCCCUCCGCGCGCAGCAGCUCAGACUCCGCUCUGCUACUCCUAAUAAUCAGGGCACACCUGCUCCUCCCUCCUCUACCGCUACCCCUACACCCAUUCCCACCACGACCCCCACACCCGCAGAAAGCAAUGACAACGAAGACGACGACGACGAAACCGCCCUCCCAACAACCACCCUCCCCGGCGGCUACCAAAACAUCAGCGCGAUCCGCAGCAACACGAUGAAAUUCCUGCCCAACUUCUUCGGCAAGCACCAGCUCUCCAAGAUCUUCAUCUGCUUCCCGGACCCGCACUUCAAGGCGCGCAAGCACAAGCAGCGGAUUGUUUCGGAGAGUCUGAACGCGGAGUAUGCUUAUGUGUUGCGGCCCGGCGGUCUGCUUUACACUAUUACUGAUGUGGAGGAGUAUCAUCAUUGGGUGUUGAGGCAUUUCAGGGAGGGGGAUGCCCCCGAGGGGGAGGGAGGGGAGGAAGGUGUUGUUGGGGAUGUGAGAGAUUUGUUUGAGAGGGUUAGUGAGGAGGAACUUGCGAAGGAUGACUGUGUGCGUGUUAUGAGCAUGGAGACGGAGGAGAGUAAGAAGGUUACGAGGAAUAAGGGGAACAAGUAUGUGGCUGUUUUUAGGAGGAAGGCGGAUCCGGAGUGGGUUGUUUAGUUGUAUGUAUAUAUACUUUUCUUACAUUUUGGUAUUUUGUUUUGAUAUUGGGAGAUUUGUUCUAUUAGGUUCUUCCAGCGGUGGUGUAUGGAAAAGUUGC